AUGGCAGAAGAAAAAGCAAAACACGAGUCCCAGACUCUCUCCCCAAGGGGUGGCCCACCAGGAAUGGGCUUUCCAAAGGUCGAAUAUCCCACUGGAUUCAAGCUGUACUCGACGAUCUUCGCUCUGUAUCUGGCUGGGUUCUUGACAGCAUUGGACCGCACAAUAAUGGUCAACGCAAUCCCAACCAUAACCGCCAAAUUCGACUCGAUCCAAGACAUCGGUUGGUACGGCAGCGCCUACCUCUUCACCUUCUGCUGCUUUCAGCUCCUCUUCGGCAAGAUCUACACGUUCUACAAUGCCAAAUGGGUCUUCAUGAUCGCCGUCGUGAUCUUUCUCGUCGGCUCCGCAAUUUGCGGUGCGGCGUCGAGCUCGAUCGUGCUCAUCGUCGGGAGAGCGAUUGCAGGUCUGGGCUCAUCGGGGAUCUUUGGUGGGAGCGUGAUUAUCACGUUCUUUACGGUGCCGCUGCAUAUGAGGCCGAUAUAUUCGGGCAUCGUGGGUGUGGUUUUCGCGGUUGCGUCGAUUGUGGGACCGCUCAUUGGAGGGGCGUUGACGCAGCAUGCUUCCUGGCGGUGGUGUUUCUUCAUCAACUUGCCUGUGGGAGCCGUGACUCUCGCCAUCACGUUUGUCACGCUAAAACUCCCACCGGCGAAGAAAGCUGGCACGAAACCUCUCGACCAAGUUAAACAGAUGGAUCCACUUGGAAACUUGUGCCUGAUGCCAGCAGUCAUCUGCCUGUUGCUCGCUUUGGAAUGGGGAGGCUCGAAGUACUCUUGGUCGAACGGAAGAAUCGUUGCCCUACUGGUCAUUGCUGUCGUCCUCGGUCUAGCCUUCAUCGGCAUCCAAAUCUGGCUCCAGGACAACGCAACCGUCCCACCAAGACUCUUCAAACAACGCAGCAUGGCCGCUUCAUUCGUCUACACCCUCGGCGUGACAGGAUCCAUGAUGACGUUGACGUACUACCUCCCCGUGUGGUUCCAGGCAAUCAAAGCUGCGAGUCCAACACGAUCGGGUGUAAUGAUGCUACCGAUGGUCGUUCCUUCGGGCGUAGCAGGACUGCUGUCAGGUUUCGCCAUCUCAAAGUUAGUGGGAUAUUACACGCCUUUCAUGCUCGCCUGCGCAGCACUCAUGUCCAUCGGCGCCGGCCUCCUAACAACGUUCGAGCCAUCAACAGGUGAGAGCGCCUGGAUCGGCUACCAAUUCAUAUGGGGUUUUGGGGCAGGUCUCGGCAUCCAAUCCGGCGGCCUCGUAGCCCAAACCGUCCUCUCCCGUAUGGACGCCCCUGCCGGUAUCUCCCUAAACUUCUUCGCGCAAUCCCUCUCUGGCUCCGUCUUCAUCGCGAUCGACCAGACAACAUUCAUGAACAGCCUGCACUCCAACCUCGAUCCCAUCCCCGGGAUCAACGUCGACGACCUCGACGCCACGGGAGCCUCUGUGCGGAGCCAGGUCAGUGAAGGGGAUUUGCCGAGGGUGCUGGGGGCGUAUAAUGAUGCGGUGACGAAUACGUUUGUUGUGGCGACGGCUUGUGCUUGUUUGGCGUUUGUGGCGGCUUGUGUGGUUGAGUGGAGGGACGUGAGGAAGGACAAGGAUCAGGUGUCCGGCGGACCCGGGGGUAAGCCGUCUGGUGUGGUGGGAGGGAAGCCGGGGGCAUGA